UCCAUGUAGGCUCGUCAAUCAGUACUCGAAUAGGGGAAAUCUACCUGUGGAGUGGGUUCGUACACGCAGGAAUGUUAUGUGAGUCCCACGACCAGAUUGUGAUGAAUCGCCUGUGCCGUAUGCAGUGUGCUGACGACUGGCCCCGCAGACUGCGUUCCCAGGGUUUAUACGGGCCUUCCGUCACUAAGGGUUGAACUGUACGCCGUACAUUUGACCGAGAAGGAAGUCAGCGACGAGGCCUGGGUUUGCGGGGCCGACCGCGUGAGGUAUAAGACGUCCGGCUUCCUGGACCCUGUAGAGGGUAGCGCAGGUAAUUCGGGAUUUUUGAAAUCAAAGACUCAUCGCAAUGGCGACAACGGCCACGGAAUCAUCGCCUGUGAAGGAGUACAAUGGAGGAGGAACGGCGGCGGCGCCAACCAAAACAACAGACGGUAUUGAACAAGACAAUUCGCUGAAGCAUACCACAACCAAUAUUUCGCUCUCGCCGGAAUUGUUCGAGAAGCUUUACCUUGCCCCAAAGGUUCCACAUGCCGUUGAACAUGCUACACAAUAUGCCAAUGCCACGCCUCUUGGAUUCCUAGGAUUCGUCAUCUCAACAUUCACCUUUAGCAUGGUUUUGAUGGGCUGGGGUGGGGCCAGCGGUUUACCAGCUGUUGCUGGAAUAUUUUUCUUCACCGGCCCCGUACUCCUCUUCCUAAGCACCGUGUUCCUAUGGAUUCAGUCCCAAUUCUUCCCGAUGAUGGUUUGCGGCAUGUUCUGCGUCUUCUGGCUGUCCUUCGGCCUCCUCCAGCUCCCUACCCUCGGUCUCGCGGACGCUUAUCCUAACGGCGGUGCCGCGUCCAAGGAGAUGAACGCCGUUAUUGCACUGUAUUUACUCGUCUGGGGUUUCGCGUUGUUUACGUUCUGGCUGUUUACCAUCAGGAUCAACGCUGUCUUUGCGGGGAUUUUCCUCUUCGUGACGGUGGGUGCAUGGGUUCUUAGCGGAGCUUACUGGAAGGUUAGUCGGGGUGACAUUAAAGCUGCUGAGAAGUUGCAAAAGGGUGGAGGUGCGCUGCUGUUCGUUGUGGGUGUGCUCGGCUGGUAUAUGAUAUUCGUCAUGAUGGCAGCCGAAAUGCGAUGGACGGUGAAUCUGCCCGUGGUCGAUUUGAGCCACUACUGGCGCAGGACGGAUGUUGAGCUUGCAGCAAUGGAGAAUGAAAAGAUGGAUUGAUUCUUUGGGUGAACCAUUGUUGAUGAUGUAUCACAGGGAAAGAGUACGCACGGUGGCAUUGCAACGUAGUCAGCUGUGAUCUCUAUUCUGUUUGUAAACUCUUAACUCUUAUACAAGUAAUAGCAGAAAGCAGAGGUUUAGCUAAUUAAGUAGGAGUAACAUCAUAUAACCCGCUCCAC